AUGAGUGGUGCUCGUGGUGGUGGUGUGGAGAAGAGGAGAAGCUUUGUAACGGAGCGGGGCGUGCGGUUGGAUGAGCGGCGCUGGGUGCCUGAGGACCGCACCAGCAUCCGCGGUUUCAUCUUCCUUGCCCACGGCUACGCUCAUCACAUCGACGCGUAUGCGGAGCGUGUUGGCAGUGAAGAGCUCAUGCAGCAAGGCUUUGCCGUCUUUGGCGUCUCACACCAUGCACACGGACACUCUGAAGGACUGCGCUGCCUUGUCAACGACUAUCAGCAUCUUGUCGAUGACUUUGCCGACUACAUGACCGCGGUCUUCAAGGAGUUUACCGACCAGGGCAUCACUCGUCCAUGCUUCAUCAUCGGGCAGUCCAUGGGCGGUGCAUUGACGCUGCUGCUGGCGGCCCCCAACAGCCGCGUGCGCCAGAUUGUGUCGGGCGUGGUGCUCCUGGCGCCAAUGUGCAAGAUUGCAGACGAGAUGAUGCUGCCACAAUGGCUGAUCAACAUGAUGUACUGGACAGCAUAUGUGCUGCCGUGGGCGCCACUCACGCCCGUCACCCCAACAGAGCACCUCUGCUUCAAGGACCCAAAGGUUCGCAUCGUCGUCGUUGUCGUCGCAGCAGUCGUAUUGAUGGCGGCUAUGUGGAGAGGCGGGGGCGGUUGUGAUUGA